AUGUCGCUGCAGCCCUCGCUCGCUUUCGCCGUCGCCGGCCCCGCACCACCGGCCCGCCAGAGUCUGCCGGACCAGGCGCCUCCAGUGCAGACCGCCCCUGGAACGACCUCUCGCACUUCGUGGCCAGUAGCCUGCACUGGACUCCUUAUUCCAGCCCUUGCUGCGGGCCGCCGGGGCAAGAAGGGGCCUGCGUCCAAGAUUGCCAUGAAGGACGCAACCGAUGCAACCUACGCUCUCCAGAAGGAAGCACAUGUCGAUUUGGAGUUCCUCAACGAUGUCGGCUACCUCCCGGACGGCACCGCCAUCAAUCGGGCUGGCAACGCCAUCAACCACCCGGAGAGAAUGCAGGCGGACAAGCACAUCGCCGGGGCUCCGCUACCACGCGCCAAGUUCGUGAAUUCAGUCGGCUACCUGCCGGACGGCACGCCUUUGAAUGCAGCGGGCAAUGCGAUCAAUCAUCCCGAGAGAAUGAUGCCGGACUCACAUGCGCCUGGCUCGCCGUUGCCUCCCGCCUCGUACAUGGCCGACAUUGGCUACUUGGCAGAUGGCACAGCCUUGACUGCUGCAGGCAACAACUCAGUCAAGCAUGUUCCAGCUACAGCCAGCAAUCCCACGCCGGCACCCACAUCUGCCCCUGCAGCCAGUCCGGUUGCCCAGAACACCGUGACGCACGGCCGUGGCUUCGAGUACAGCGCGCAGAGGGAUGCGUAUGCAGAUCAGGAGUUCACCAACGACGUGGGCUACUUGCCAGACGGCACCCCGAUGAACCGCGCCGGCAAUGCAAUCAAUCACCCUGACCGCAUGGCCCCCGACAGCCAUACGCCGGGCUCUCCGCUUCCCCGCGCGAACUUCGUGAACUCCGUCGGCUACCUGCCGGACGGCACUCCAUUGAACGCGGCGGGCAAUGCGAUCAAUCAUCCCGAGAGAAUGAUGCCGGACCCACAUGCGCCUGGCUCUCCGUUGCCAGCCUCCUCCUACCUGGCCGACACUGGCUAUUUCGCAGAUGGCACAGCCUUGACAACGGCAGGCAACAAUUCAGUCACACAGGCAGUCCCAGCGCCAGCCAGCAACACCACGCCGGCACCCACAUCCGCACCUGCCCCUGCAGCCAGUCCAGUUGGCCAGAACACCGUGACGCACGGCCGUGGCUUUGAGUACAGCGUGCAGAGGGAUGCGCAUGCAGAUCAGGAGUUCACCAACGACGUGGGCUACUUGCCAGACGGCACCCCGAUGAACCGCGCCGGCAAUGCAAUCAAUCACCCUGACCGUAUCUUAGCUGCAGUCUGCUGGGGAACUCGGCUUAGAAGUCUUAAACCCCGAAGGUUCAGAUCAACUGAGCAGACCUUACUGUUUCAGCAAACGAGGUCACGAUCUCAAACGAGGCCAAGUCAGCAGUUGUUUUACAGCAUUUGUUUUACAUGUUUUACCCUAAACCCUUUAAACCCUAAUUAA